UUUGAGCCUUCGGACGGCUGGUUUCAAAUUUCUUAAAAAUAUGUUACUCUGACAAGUGCUGCACACAUUCAUUUCCGUCGCAUGGCUGGUGAACGAGUCACUCGAAACGUCUUCUUUUCCUACCCCAUCGAGCAACUGCCAUCUGUUCGCCGCACCGAUAGAAAUCCCGCUCGCACAGCUCCCGCAAUGACUUGUGUUGCACAUGCAGUAUACCAUCCAGAACAAACGGCACGAUCGUUGGAUCUGCAAGAGGACAGAAGGAAUCGAUACAGCUGUCCCACAGCUCGUGCGAUCGCUUGAUAGUGUCGUCGGACGGGCGUCUGUGCAAGGUCGGGCUGUGCGAGGGCUGUUGACCUAUCGAUGGGAGGUGAGGGAUGAGGGGAAGAAAGGCAUUGGAGCAAGCGUAAGGGAUAUCAUGCCCCUCCCUGGGACAAUCGGAAGUGGGGGGGCCAUCGGACGGGCGCCUAUUGAGGGUCGGGCUAUGCAGUGGCGGUUGGCCUGUCAAUGGGAGAUGAGGGGGAUAAAGUCAUUGAUGCAAGCGUGAGGGGACACAAUGCGUCCGGGGUAAUUGGACGCAGGCGGGCGGACGAGAAACACAUUAGCGCGAUCUCAUGCGAGGCGGGGGGCUGGACGUGGGCCGAGGGAUGCGUGGUCUGAUCCUGAGCUGUUGCACAGUCCGUCCUGUUACACCAUCUGCCGCUGUGUCGUGCGUGUACUUCAUGUUGCGGGCGCGCCCUUACAGCAACGGGUGCUGCCGACGGCCUGGUCCCUCGUGUCGGAGUAUUAGGGUCUACAGCUUUAUGCCAAGCUGAUGAGUCAAGGCAGUGCAUCAAACGGCUGGCGCGUUUCUUUUUGGAAGGCCGCACAGCCCGUGCCGCGUGUCGAAGCGAGGCGGGGGCAAUGCUUAUAAGCACAGCCCAACUGACGCAGCCGGUCGUGACUCUCCACCCCAUGGCUCUCCCACUCCCUCGCUCCGAGUGCAUCGAGAUAACCGAGGAUGACCCUCUCGAAAGCAACCUCUGGUUCCCAGCUCAGGAUGAUCCACAGCCGUUCGAGUUGUCGUCUGAGCAGUCGUUUGCGCACGCAGAGAACAGUUCAUGCGAUAAGCACUUGUCGAUCAAUAUGGAGGAUGCAUGGAGGACGGCCCCGACGCUCAGCAUUACGAACGCGGAGCCAGACUAUUCGAACUUCAACAAGUACUGCUUUCGAAAUCCUUCGUCAGGCGCUAGCUCACCCAUCAGUCCAAUGAGUCCUGCGUCCACCUACUCUUCAGUGUUUCCUGAGGACUUUCCUUCCGACAACGAAUCGCGGUACAAACAGGGUUUUUCAAGCUAUCCCCCGUCGCCUGUUACGCCAUCCCUCUUACUAUCCGGCUUCAGGGACCUCGAGUUGAACCAAUCCUAUGCGGGCGACCAAGUGAUCAUCCAAGACGAUCUCGCCGAUCAUGGCCGUGCACGAAGCUACAGCUCAUCGGGGAACGCUGUCGCCCCCGGCGAGACCUGGGGCGCUGACAAUGGUCUGGUCCGCGGGCGUGCGGCGUCGUUCAGUGGGCCGUUCGUUUCAGCUGGAACUUCCUCGGAGUCGUACCCUGUCCACGUCGAACAGUUUCCCCCCAGUCUUUCCAUCGAAAUUUCGAGCAUGGACCCUGCCCAGGAGCUGGGCACAUCCGUUGCGUGGGGAUCCCCGUCCUUUUCGCCAUCCGAGAGCAGCGAUGGCGGAUUCAGCCCGGGGUCUAGCAGUCCGCUGUCAGAAUGGAUGUUUCCCGCGGGUGAACGGUCCAUGCAGACUCAAUUCCUCGCCGUCCCCGGUAUGCACCGGCGAUCUUCGACCCGACACAACCGAAGGCAUUCGGACACCACUUCCUUAGGGGUACCGGAAGUGGACGCCGGUUUCGGCCGAGGACGGGGCAUACAUCGUGUUACUCAGAGCGUCUCCGGUCCACAUCGCAGUGCGAGCAGUGCGAGCAGUGUCAGCUCCUAUGCGAGCUCUCGCGACCCCUCCCCAGUUUCCUUUGAUUACCCCUCUCCCAGCGAGGCACUUGUCCCCGGUCUUUCGUUUGACUUUUCGGACCCACAUACCGACAAUGAAUGUGAGACAGUCGGGAAUGUGUCCUCCCUCGCACGACGCAAGACCUUCACCACGAUCCGCAACUCCAGCGAAGUUCUUUCUGUCGACCCCCAUCUGGUACAGCACGGGACCACACGCUCCCGGAACAGGGACUCCUCUCUCGGUGUCUUCCGGGCUGCAUCAUCUUCCACGGCCUCCGAGAGUAUUGAUGGUCAAACUGUCGGCGGAUCCCAGUCCGAGUUCCAAGUCGUGACCGCCCCACCGUCACCAGGCAGGAAAUUCAAGAAGGAGGUCGCCUCGACAAAGAUCCGGAGCGCCUCUGCCGCCCGUCGCAUGAACAAGGCUGUCUUCAACUGCACAGUGCCAGGCUGCCCCUCGACCUUCACAGCUCGUCACAAUCUCAAGAACCACAUGAAUUCUCACCAGAACAACCGCCCGUUCGUGUGUCCUGGAUGCUCGUUCUCCUUCACCACACAGGGAGUCAUGAAUCGUCACGUCAAGAAAUGCCGCCACUGAUCCUUCGCUAUAUUGUAUUAAUCUGUCUUGUAGACCAUCACUCCGUCGUCAUCCCGAAUCCAAUUUCUGUAUCGAUAUACCUCUCUCGCAUCUCUCUCGAUCUUUGCUACCUACUAGCUUUGAAUUAUACCUAAUGCUGCUUUGCGUAGAAUACCCCACGAAUGUCGUUUUCUCCUAGUCACGUGCGAACCCUCCGCUCAUCACGUGUACAUCCUCCGCUCGGAGGUCACACGUCGCAUUGACUUCGGCUUGCCCAAUGUCGCGCCGCCUACACUUUCACAGCCCUGAAUCCACUUGUAAACUCAAUUGUGAAGAUUUUUUAGCGACAUCGGCGGUUCCAUUCCAUGUUCAAUGGACCAAAGCGAGUGUCCAUCGACCGCCUGGUCCAAUUACACACUGGGGGAACUGUCAUGACCGGCCCUGAAAUCUGACGCAGCACAGGAUGGGAGACGAGUUCAUUCAAAGUAGUCGACGACAUUGUAGACUGCAUCCGUACGAUUGUUCCGUGCCUGAACGAUCUGUCUUGUGAACGAGCUAAGGGGACAGUAACUAAGCUGGAUCAACAAAAGACAGAGAAAGACAGGACGUACCUGACUCUCGCACAACGAGCCGCACCACUCACAAAUGCAGACGCUCCGAUGCCAACGAGCUUAUCGACGAUGGCUCUCACACCCGGAUCGUCCAAGAUGUCCGGCUCCCACAUCACAUGGUCGACGCGCAAGCCAUCCAGUCGCGCCUGCGUCAACUCGGCCACGGUCCAGUCCUCGAGCAGGCCACCCUCAGCGAAAGCGUCCCCGAGAAUACCCAUGGCCGCUGCGUGGAGGCGACCAACGUCGCGGAACGUUCCGGACUUUGAGACGAGAGCCAUAGAAUCGUGAUCUUGCUCGUCCAGAGUAGAGCGGAUGGGAAAGGGGUAGUCGCUAGCGAGCCAGACAGUCUGCAUCGGAAGGCCAGCGAGGAGGUCGACAGCAGCGUGAGCGCAAUGGACGAGACCUGCAGGUGGGACACCUUCCAUGCGCCAGUGCAUCAUGACAUAAGGCGACGAAGGCGCCAGAGCGGCAGCAAGCUGAUGCAGGUGAGAGGCAUAUGUGAGCGGAUGUGCGACUUGAGGGAAUAUUGGAUGCCGCAGAUCCCAGGAAAGCACGAGGACACUUGCGUCCAGUGAAAGGGCUUGAAUGACUUCAGUUGGGUCAGCAGACGCUUUGAUGUUGACUUGCAGCGCUGAAUCAUCCUCUAGACGCAGCAAACGGCGAGUCCGCUCGAAGCAAGGAGGAAACCCAUGCUCUGUCGAGCUCUCAUGCACGACUUCAACCGUGGCUUGGUCCCUUCCCUCCGCUUGUGCAAACGAGACGACUCGCCCAGUUGGAUUCUCUAUCUCCAGCCAUCUUUUGAACAUAUCGGGCUUGAUCACACCUUCCGCAGGCAGCUCAUAGUACACUUCAAAGUUCCACCGGAAGCAUGCCCCCACGCGGCUUUUACCAACGUUUGGCAGCACGACCGUCCUGUUCAACGCCCGCCCAAGCUCCAAGAUCUGCUCCAGAUGGAUGUGCGCCUUGGACUCUUGCUCGGCCACGCGCAGCACAAAGAGGAACUGGUCGCAGUCGACACAGCGCAAAUCUUGAGGGGCGAGGUGCACAGGCUUGACUUCGGGUAUGCGCGUCACGAGGGGGGGCCAGGGACCCGGCUUGCUGUGGUCUCGUGCGUAGUAGGUCGCCCGUUCGUCUGGAUCUCGUUCGGUUUCGAGGUCGGCCAGGACGUCCAGAAUUGCACGAUCGACGUAGGGGCUCUUGCGGAGGCUCUUGAGGCGCUCCGUUAUAUCCCGGGAGCUUGAAGCAGUGGGAGAGGUGGGACGGAGGAGAUACAGCACGGCGAGGAGACCCAGUAGACAGAAAAAAGUGCGCUUGCGUAUUCUUGAGGUCCGGCGGAAUGGUGGAUAUGAGUGCGAGGUUGACGGUUUGAAUUCGGUGAUUUUAGGCGGCUUGUGUGACAGAGGGUCAAACGGCGGCAGAUUCGGAAUGCUGGCGCUUCGGGUUCUCGAUCUGAGCAUGAGGGGAGGAAGCAGGACGCCAAUCGGAAAUCCGGCAUAUCGAGCACUGCCACUGGCCACGGCAGAUCACGUGGAUUGUUGAUUGCGGCGAUCCGACUGGCUCCGAAGAUCGCUCAUCUUUGCACUGGCACUUCUUCUCAGAGGGCUACUUCGCCGCUCGAGUUGCCGACUGCAUUGAAGCUCGACGAAUCAAACUGAUUUCAUCAAUGCGGAUAUAAUCCUGUAUGUAUCGUGGGUGAAUUCCAUCUGAACUCAGGCCAAGAAGUUUGCUAAGUUGAUACUUCGACGGGGAAUUCGGCAAUUCUUCCGCAUGCUCUGGUAACUGAGACUCCCAAUCCAGCAUUCGAACGGCUAAACUCACACUUUUUCAUCAUCUCCUCUUACUCAGCGGUUUCGAUGCGGCGGGGACCCAGUACUUAACGCGACCGCGCAGGCAGGGAUCGGAACCCACCAGUCGUCAUCUGAAUGUCUACGCCACCAAGUCCAUUGAGAAUCUCCAUCGUCGGCGCCGGGAUCGGAGGACUCUCCGCUGCCAUUGCCUUUCGUCAGAAUGGGCACAUCACUGAGGUGUUCGAACGCUCGGAGACGGACGCCGAGCUCGGAGCAGCGCUAGGCGUGCAGGCGAAUGCCAUGCGUGUUUUGAACCAAUUCGGGAUAAACCGGGAGAGCUUGAAGCCGGCUUAUCUUCGUGGGGUGAGAAUCUCGACUGCUAUCUCUGCUUACGACUGAGUCUCCUCAUUAGCUCGUGGGGUUCAAUCCCAUCACUGGGGAGAGCCGGGAGCUUCGAUUUGUGCCGGAAGAUGCAGCUCCAUCUCCAACUGACCAUCUACUAGUCCAUCGCAGUGACUUGCACGAGGAGCUCAAGCGAAUUGCCCUGUCCCCAGAUGGGAAUGGGCCUCCCGUGCUUAUUAGACUGGGCUGCAAAGUCGUCUCGUGUGAGCCCGAAGCAGGCGUCGUCGUCCUCGACUCGGGCGAGACGGUAUCCGCGGAUCUGGUCAUCGGGGCAGAUGGUCUGCAGUCGGUCAUUCGGUCUCACGUCCUGGGCUAUACCCAAGAUGCGGAACCAACAGGCUACGCUUGCUGCCGCAGUGUUUUCGAUGCCGCUCCGAUGAAGGACGACCCUGACUUUGACUGGGUCACGAAGGGUGUUGCGGGUGUCCGGUCCGUACCGUGGAAAGGAGCACCAUUUCGCAUGAUAUUCUGCUAUCCCUGUCGAAACGGGGAAUUGCUCAACUGUGUCCACUUCUACCAGGAAUCUGACGAAGACAAACAAAAACUUACGAGCCGCACAAUCACUCCAGCUGAGGUCCUUCCUAAGUUUGCAGGCGCUGAUCCGAAAUUCCUCCGUCUGUUCGACUUGCCAAAUCACAACGCCGAGCACUACCGGUGGCGGCUCCGCGCAAUGCCCAUUCUGCCCACCUGGUUCAACGGCCGCACCGCGAUAAUCGGCGACGCAGCCCAUGCCAUUCUACCUUUCAUGGCCCAGGGAGCCGCGAUGGCUAUCGAGGACGGAGCAGUCCUCGCCGGACUCCUUCCCCUCGGGACCACGCGCGAGCAGAUCCCCGCCCGGCUCGUCGCAUGGCUGGAUAUCCGGAAACCGAGGGCAGACUUUGUGAACAGAACUUCUGUGGCUCAGAUCCAGGCUAUCAUGGAUGGAAACCAAGGCGCUGCGCAUUCCGCAGAAGCACGUGAAGAUCUCAUGUCGUAUGAUGCCUUGCAGGCCGGGAAGGACGCUUAUCAGAGACUGUUUGCUUGAAUGGAGAGGGACAGACGGAGAUAGUCCAAUUGUCUCCAGCGUUUGAGUAUUACUGCCAUGGUCUCACCUUCCCAGACUAUCAGAUUUUGCAUUUUAUAACCCGUUUAAGUGACCGCUCUCAAGCAAGAUUUCAUAUCGCAACUGAGCCUCGUCCUCAACCGCGGCUUGAUAUUCGGAAACCUGUUCGGAUCCGUGGGAGUGAGUUAGAGCUGUUAAAUGGACGCUUUGCGCCAGACUUUCCUUCCGCUAUCUUUCCAACAUGUCCCAUGUGAGCAACAUCGACCGGCCAGAACGUUUGAGCUGCCCGCAGGACUGCGACAGCCGUCGCCUAGUACUUAAGCCACCACCCGUUCGCUUGCAUUUCCUCAUUGUGGGAUGUGGAUUGGGCGGCCUUGCUGCAGCUUACUGUCUCGGCCGCGCGGGACAUUCGGUAUCGGUGUUCGAGAGCGCCACACGGCUCCAGCAAGUCGGAGCUGGAAUCCAGAUUAGUCCCAACUCCAGUCGGCUGCUCAUUCGAUGGGGAUUGGGCGAGGAGCUGAGGAAGGCUUCCGUCAAGCCUGAAUCGAUCACUUUCCGACGCUACAACAGCGGCGAGCGUAUUGGAUACACGAGAUGGGGAGACACGAUGGACAGUAACUAUGGCGCUCCGUACUAUCACAUCCACCGCGCGGACUUGCUCGACAUGCUCUUCAAGCUCGCGGCCCCGCACAUGACGCUCUUCACGAACAGCCGCGUCGUUGCGGUCGAUCCCGCGCAAGGCCAGAUCAAGCUCCAGUCCGGCGAGACGGUCCGCGGCGACGUGGUGCUCGGCGCGGACGGCCUGAAGAGCAUGGUGCGCGAGGUCAUCGUCGGGCGCCCGGACAAGCCGCUCCCCACCGGCGACGCAGCCUACCGGGUGGUGAUCCCGACAGCCAGAAUGAUGGCGGAUCCCGAUUUGGCAUCAUUGGUUGAGUAUCCGGAGAUGACCGGCUGGCUCGGGCCCGGCCGGCAUAUCAUGGCCUACUGCAUUGUACGCCGCCUGCGGGCUUGCCCUGAAUGGCUCUCGCUCAUUCAUUUUUCGUUCCGUAGCGCGCCAAGCGGGAGUUCAAUCUUGUUCUAAUCCAUCCCGCAGAUGACGAACAUGGCAUGGAGGCGUACGACAUGCCGGGGUCUGUCAGGAACAUGAGGGCCGAGUACGCGGGAUGGGAUCCUCGGUCUGUUUGCGCGUUCUCGCAUGUAAAUGGCGUAUUGAGCUCCAUUCAGCGUCCAGAAACUGCUGGAACUUGUCUCUGACGCUUUGAUCUGGCCCUUAUUCGAUCGCGAUCCUUUAGAAACUUGGGUUCAUUCCGAGGGCAACGUAGUGCUAUUGGGAGAUGCCUGUCAUCCAAUGCUUCCUUACCGCGCGCAAGGCUCUGCCAUGGCGAUAGAAGAUGCUGCAGUUCUCGGCGUACUGUUUGCUGGAGUCCGCUCGAGGGAGGACAUCCCGGCCCUUUUGAAAGGUUACCAAGACCUCCGCCACUCGCGAACGACAGACACUCAGCUCGCCUCGCGGUGGAAUCAGAAGCUAUUCCACCUUGCGGACGGUCUAGAGCAAGAGGCGCGGGACAGAUCCAUGAAGCAGAGUCUGCAUGGAGCAAGAAUGAACGCAGCCCGAGAAGACUCGCAAAUGGACGUGGGACAUUCAGUGGGUAACGCAAACGUCUGGGCUGACAGGGAGAAGAGCGAGGUCCAAUUCAGCUAUGAUGCCGAGAGCGCGGCAGAGCGUUGGCUGGAGCUCAGAGAAGCAAAGAUGGCUCAGAACUAACUUUUAAACGUUGAUCUGAGUUGGAUGCACGGAUGAUAGACUUAGACAGAAUGUAACAAGAUGAUCUGACUUGGAUUUGGACUGAGGACAACGUGCG